GGAAUUCCACCUCCGUACAGCAAUACAUCAAAGCUGUAACUGGUUUCAAGGGUUACAGUGGUUAUAUAACUGAUGCGUAUGAUUAGUAUGAAUUUUAGGCCUAUGGCUUUCUUUUUUUAAUCAAUAAAAUACUAACUUCCAACAUUGAUGUUCUGCAUGCCAUCGACAUCUGAGCAAAUCCGAGUCGCGUCUAUUUGUGUCCCAGCUUGUGGGUGAGAGUUGGUCUGCUCGCAGACCCGGUUGGUCGGGACGUCACUGUUGGCCUGAAAUGGCUGUUUAGAACCGACUCGCCUGCUGAAUUAUCGAGAGCUUCUCCUCAUGGACUUGCAUGACAUCAGAGGAGGCCGACUGGAUGUGAUCACAGAAGAAGCUGAGGAGUUGAGCAGAGAGUCGACCAACAUGGCAGACGGGGGACUGAGGGCGGCCCGAGGAGUUUCCACCUUCCAGAGGUUUUCUGUUGACACCGACGAGUCCCUUUGUUUUGAGCCCUGCGAGGACGGCCUUCCGUCCCCCAUCGGGGCAGAACGUGGACUUCAUGGCGAUGUGUUUGAAGUGGCAGAAGCUGAGAGUGACGGCGUAACAAUCAGGAAGCAGCUGCAAGGCAAAGUCACUGAGAUGGAGAACUUUGCAAGUCAUCUGGAGGAAAUCUUUCUCACCGUGGAGGAGAAUUUUGGCCGCCAGGAGCAGCACUUGGAGCAGCACUACAACGACGUGCUGCAGACGUUGUCUCAGCGGUGCGACGACCGGGCGGCGGGGCUGGAGGAGGAGAAGAAGGGCAAGCUGGAGGCCUUGUACAAGCAGCUGCUGGCUUGUGGUCAGGCGAUGGACGUCUCCAAGGAGCUGAUUGAGACGGCCCAGGAGGUCUACCGCUGCCCCGACGAGAGGCUGUUCCUCAAGGCAGUUAUGCCCACCAUGAGAAGAAUCGAGGAGUUUGCCGAGGAGCAGGUUGACCUCACGCUGGCCACGAGUCUCGAGUUUAACACCCCGCUGGCCAACUUGCCUGAUGUCAAAACCAUGAUGGACUCCAUCAACAUUGUCCCAGCUCCGUCUGCCCCAGUGAUCAACCCGCAGACGCCCAACUCGGCCACCCAGACGUCCCUGCGCGUGUGCUGGAGCUUGUUCUCCGACGACACGGUGGAGUACUACGAGCUUUACUACCGGCCGGUGCUGGAGGACACGCCGGCGGACAGCACCUGCGCACCACACGUGAGCAAGGUGAGGGUGAAGGAGACCCACUGCAUGGUGACAGACCUGCUGCCGAACGCUCAGUACGAGCUCUGGGUGACGGCGACCAACACCACGGGCAUCAGCCCGGCCAGCGAGAAGACCUUAUACGUGACAGUGCCGUCGCCUCCGGUGAUCAAGCAGAGGGAGUGUGCCAGCUGUCCCGAGGCCGCUCUGAUCCGCUGGGAGUCGGGGAACACCGACCCCGUGGACUCCUACACCGUGGAGCUCAGGGAGACGGGCACUGGCGCCCCAGAGAGCGCCAUCGCCGAGUCUGUAGUAGCAGUGCCCACCUGCCAGUGUCUGAUCCAGCUGCAGGCGGGACGCCGCUACCUCAUCUGUGUGCGAGCAGUGAACAUCGGCGGGCCCAGCAGCAGGAGUGAAGUUAUUUCUGUGUCCACAACAGGUACGCUCUUCUCCCUCCUGGAGGACACUGCCCAUCCUUGCCUGUGCAUCUCCGAGGACGGCUUCACCAUAUUUUACGGAGAAGAGGAGCUGCCAAUCAGCGCCAUGGCCUUAGAGGACAACAACGCUUUCACGAGGUGUGUGGCUGUCCUGGGGGGUCUGAUCCCAGUGAGAGGACGGCAUUACUGGGAGGUCGAGGUGGACGACGGUACGGAAUUUAGGAUCGGCGUUGCGUCCGAGGACACGGAGAGGAACUCGUACCUCGGCGCCAACAACACGUCCUGGUGUAUGAGACACAUUCUCACUCCAGCCAGGCAUAAAUAUGAGUUUCUGCACAACGGCUGGAGUCCUGACCUGAGGAUCACAGUGAACCCCGUGCGGAUCGGAGUGGCGCUGGACUACGAGAGGGGGACUCUGUCCUUUUUUAAUGUGGCUCUGGAACAGCACCUGCACACCUUCCAAUGUCACUUCCAGAAUCACGUCCAACCGUGCUUUGGGCUGGACAACCCCGGAGCGCUCACGGUACACACCGGCAUCGAGGCGCCCAAGUAUGCGUUUGCUUAACUUGGACUGAAGAUCUGUUAAUUCACAAAAUCCUGAUGACAGCCCCAAUAAAAACUAAAUUAAUAGUAAAGCAUGGGUAGUAUUCAAGGA